AUGCGAAAAGCAUUCACUGUGUGCUUCCCCAGUGAACAAGAGGAUGACGAUGAUGGAGAUCAUCUGGAUGACCCUGAGCUCUGGUGUGAUUUAACCGUGGAAGAUCAGCAAACGGUAGAUGUUGCUAUGGCAAAGAAAAAGCGCUUGCAGUGUUUUGCACACACUCUUCAGCUGGUGGUGGGAGAUGGUUUGAAAGAAACAAAAGUGGUAUCUCCUUCUCUUUCGAAGUUAUCUAAACUCAGCUCACUGCUGCACACAAGCACAACAUUCAAAGAUGUGUUUGAUGCUGAAUUUGGGGAACAGAAAGGCAUCCCUGCUGCAGUCAACACAAGAUGGAACUCAACACUGAGGCAAGCGAAGGCUCUUCUCCAGUGCAAUCAUGUAAGGCUCUGUGCUGUUCUAGAAAAGGCUGGGCACAGGGAGUUGUCAUUCACAGCACGGGAGUGGAAUCUGUUGAAAGAUUUGGUGGACAUCUUGAAGCCAUUUGGAGAAGCAACUGAUUUGACACAGGGGGAGAAGGUUAUCACAAUCAGUGCUGUUGUUCCAUCCAUCUUGUCCCUCAACCACCACCUUGAGAAACUGAAGCCUCAGGUCUGUUUUCUGAGCGGCCUGGUCAGAAGUCUCCAGACAUCCCUGAACAAAAGAUUUCUUGGAAUCUUCAUCAAUGUGAAAAUGGCCAGGACACAAGAUGGGAUCACUGCUCCCUUUUCAGAUCCAGUCUACCUCAAAGCAGCUGUCUUGGAUCCAGCCUUUUCUCUGUUGUGGGUGGAGCCCCAUGUGCUGGUCAGUCGUGAUGUCAAGGCAGAGGUGGCACAACAGGUUAAAGAAUUGAUCCUGCAAGAUGCUGCAGAGACUGAGCAACCUGCGCCUCUUGUUGAUGAAAAAGAGCAAGGGGACCUUGGAGAAGGAGAAGGGCUGUUUGCUGCUUACCACAAGAGACAGAAGAAGGAUGUUGGGACUACUCCAGCACUACAGCUAAGUCACUACCUUGACAUAGCUGAAGGACAGAAUGCCCUUUUGUUCUGGGCAUUGAACAUGAAGACUCUUCCUUCACUGUUCCGAGUGGCCAUGAGAGUCUUGGCAGUGCCUGCCUCCAGUGCUCCAGUGGAGCGAGUUUUCAGCCAUGGUGGCAUCAUACUACGCCCCCAUCGUGCACAAAUGACUGACAGACUCUUGGCCAAUUUGGUCUUUUGCAAAUGCAAUGCAGCAUAUGGCCCUGACAUAUAAAAAGUACAACCUUUUUGUUAUGUUAUAUGUCAUGUUUUUUCAAUGUUAACACUUUUGUACAAAUAAGUACAGUUGCACUUUAUUUUUCAAAUGUGUUUAUUCUGUAAAGGAAUGAGUCAAAUGUUUAAAAUGACUGGUUAAUAGUGCUAUUAUAAAGUGCAAUGUCAGCACAAUUUUCUUUCCUGCAAUUUAAAAUGCACUUGUUUUAAUAAAUAAAUACAGCGUUUGAAAAGCAUACACAAUCUGUGUUAAUAUAUUAGUCUGUGGUUAAAAGGACUUGAAAGGACUCGAAACUCAAAAUGCAGGACUUGGGACUUGACUUGAGACUUUCCAGUCUUGACUUUGGACUUGACUCGGGACUUGCCUGUCUUGACUCGAGACUUGACUCGGACUUGAGGGCAAAGACUUGAGACUUAC